UUUCCCCUUGCCAUAUAUAUAAAAUCUUUCCCCUGUAAGAGGUUACAGCAUAUCUACCCUAUAUAUCCCAAGUUUCAAUUACGAAGAUACCUCGUCUACCAUCAUGACAGGCCGCCUCGCCAACAAAAUCGCCGUCAUAACCGGCUCGUCCAGCGGCAUCGGGCGUGCCAUCGCCAUCCUGUACGCCUCCGAAGGCGCCUCUAUCGUGUGCUCCGACAUCCGCGAGGAUUCGCGGCCUGAGAAAGCCGAAGAAACGACCCUGACAACCGUCCAAGAGGUCGAGAAGCUCGGCGCGAAGGCCAUCUUCGUAAAAUGCGACACCUCGCAGACGUCUGACGUGCAGAAUCUCAUCACGCAGGCGGUAUCGCACUUCGGCCGCGUGGACAUCAUGGUGAACAACGCGGGCAUCGGCAUCGAGGGGAGCGACCCGCGGCCCAUCUGGGACUACCCGGAGGAGUACUGGGACAAGACGCAGGCGGUCAACCUGCGGGGCGUGUUCCUGGGGACGAAGUAUGCCGCGCUGCAGAUGAGGAAGCAGGAGCCGCAUGCGAAUGGCGAUAGGGGGUGGAUUGUGAAUCUGGGGAGUGUGUUGGGGCUGAAUGGAUCGAGGCAGACGGCUGGGUAUGUGGCGUCGAAGCAUGGGGUUGUCGGGCUCACGAAGACGGCGGCGUGGGAUUGUGCGGAGGAUCGGAUUCAUGUUAAUGCUAUCUGUCCGGGAUGUAAAUACACAUACUUCCUUCACGGAGGAGUAGAGGCGAUGCACCCGUUCCGUGGAAUCGGUAGUGCAAAGGACGUCGCGAGAAUUGCGCUCUUCCUGGCAAGUGACGACGCGGCAUGGGUGACUGGAAUAGGUCUUCCUGUUGAUGGAGGCUACAAUAGCAUGUAA